UCGCUUCUACCAAGCGGCACUCACGUUCCGCGUCCGGACCGCACGCGCCUUUGCCGCGCGCGCGAGACCAUCCUCGCUCUCUCUCUUCCUUCCGCUCUCGCUCUCCCGGCGACCGCAGCAUCCCGCUGUGCCCGAGAGCCUCCGGAUCAAUCGCGGGGAUUCUCCGCGGGCUGGAGUCGCCCGCAGAGGGUGUCUCGCUCGAAUCGACGAGGCUUCGAGCGAUAGAUCGCUCGCCGAGCGGAGAAAGCGGGCUCGUUCGUCGCGGCGCGGAGGCCCGGCGAGAUUAACAGUGUUGUGAGGGGAACGCCGGCGUGUUUGACAAGUGUUCAGUGAGCCAGAGAUCUUUCGGUUUUCAGUUAGUGCUACGUGCGCGAAGGGGAGCGUUGGUCCUCGUGGAGCGGCGAGACGCAAUAGGGCAUCGCGCGACGAAGACGCUGCCAUUUUCUACGGGACGGCGAUGUUCGCACGGCGAGAUGUGAGCGGCGAUGGAAGAAAUUUUCGGAAAUUGCAGAUUGAAGCUUAACCGGCGAUUCAUGUACACCGCUGCUUCUCGGGUUAAUGAGGCGCAACCCGCGGGAGGGAACGCGAUGACACGCUGCCAACCGGAGACGGAGAUUUCUUAAGCCAGGAUUAGAAGGCCGCCUAAAAUCCGGCGCGCUCGUCCUCAUCUCAGAUCGAUCGAAUCGACGUGAGCUCCUCACGAGGCUUUAAACUUGGCGCACCAGUCGCGGCGACAAAUCUGCGGGAAUCUGAAACUGUGAUUCUACAUGACGGAGACGAGUAAGGAAAAAAGGAAGACCCGCCCGAUCGCCCCGUUAAUCCCGUGAUCAAAGGGUCGCCCGCUGAGAACAAAUUUAUUCUAUGUCUUGCGAAUUUCUGAGAGGCCGGUCGUCGCGGCGCAGGGGCUGCGGUAUAAACGAUGCGCUUGCCGGUGAAUUAAAGCGUGUACCUGGACUGGUCGUUCGGACAAUCGAUAAUGCCGGGUCGUAAAACUCCGCGCGGGGCACGUAGCGUGUCUGAUAAAUAAUGCAAUUCUAUCGAGAAGGUAGAUGUCUCGAGGCGUGAAGCGAAAAGCGCUGGAUCAUUCUUAGUGCCUCGAGCAAAUCUCGAAACGCCCCGUGUCAAUUACGAUGCGGACACCGAGUCGCGCGAUCGAUCUCGUCAGGCUGGCCUGAAGUGCUUUGAUCCCUGGACGAAACUGGGAGUACGAGUCGACGGGAAAUCGGGAACAAGUGUACCGUUCGAGAUAAGUGAUCGUGCGUGGUCUACGCGAGAGUGCCCGAGAAAGUGCGGAUUUCCUUACAUCUUUUUCCCCCGCGGACGUGGCCGUUUUUCCGCGACCGACGUCAUUGCGAGAGCGAUUUGGAAUAGUGUCGAAUUUGGUAAAUAUUUGCCGGUGCUCGAAAUCGAGUAGUUUAACGCGUCACGAGGCAUCUCAUCGCGAUUCAAAGCUCGUUGGAUGUGAAUCGAAAAAAAAGGGCCUCUCUCUCUCCAUAUUGACACGCCAUAUCAAACAGGGCACGUGCAAAGGCCCGGGGGAUACGUGCCAGAGUGCAUAAAUCGUGGUGUACGAGCAAUUAAGAAGUAAAUCGGAAGAGAGGUAAUUAACGUAGUAUCUAAAGUACGAAGACGUGCAUGCCUCGCGGUAAUUAAUUACUUUCAAUGUGAGUUUAGAAAAGUCGGGGGGGAUCUCGCGGGUAUCAUUACGCGGACUUGAAGAAUGGCGCGUAACUCGUGAAUAAAAGCGUACAGCGGGUAAAUUUCUAGGAUAGCCCUAAUUACCGAAGCGCAGCAAAGUUGCACGAACUUCGGCGCGGUUCGCGAAGAAUCCUUCUCGCGGUGGCGAGAAUCUUUAAACUGGAGAACACGUGAGCCGUACGGGUUCUAAGUCCGCGUUCGGUCAACCCCGUUUUGCGCCCGGCAAUUCUAACGCGAGCCAGAAAUGCGGGCAGCGCCGCGUGCGCUUCGUUAAGCUGACAAUAAUCGUCAACCGCGUGUCGCAAACCUGUACGUGGGAAAGCGAGUGCUGGCAAAUGAAAUUCCAGGCCGUGCACUUACGAUGACGUCGUUUCGUGAUUUGAGCGCCCGAGCAUCGACGCACGCGUGAAGAUUCGACCCGCUUUCCACGAGAACGGCAUUGCGCGUCCUGACGGCAAGAGAAAAAUCGUCACGAAGAGAAAACGGAACGAGAGAGUCCAAGGCACGGAAACUAAUUAUUCAUGAGAGUCGUCUUGAGGGAAAGAACAAUUUCCACAUAUAUACCACGCGCAAAGAGGAUUAGGAAAACGGACAUUGUUGGCCGACGAUCAUCGGGUCACGGCGGGUCUCAUCAAAGCAACGCACUGAUAGCCUGUCGAUUCGUUUGAAUAUCGAGAGGAGGUUCGCGGAAAGAGGGAUCGCCACAAAGGAGAAUUGCGCGACGUCAUCUAGGAGGGUUUCUCUUAAAAAAAAACAAAAAAAACGAUAUCUCAAUAGGGAAAGUGGUCGCGAUUGUGGACAGUUGUCGCCGGCAAACGAUAAUCACCAGUCGACGAUUGUCGCCGCGGACAAAUGACGGACCUUAUCGAAGUCGUCAUGUGAGAGCGUGCGGCGACAAACGAGUGGUGUGCGCGAUUAGUUACGAGAGAAUGACGGUGACGUGCACGUCGUUCACGGAUGUUGUUCAGUGUCGGGAUGCUGCAGUGAGUAACUGUCAAUAAAAGAGCGGCGAGUGUGACACAACGAGAUCAGUUUUGUCGUCGUCGUCGUCGCCAUCGUCGUUGUCACUGUCGUCGUCGUCGCUCGUAGCGGGAGGGUAAGAAGAGAGCCGUCAUAGAACAGCGCUCAUAGAAAUACCCAGCAUGAAGCAGCAUCGAGGAGGAUGGCUGCGCGUCGUGCUGCCUCUGAUAACGUUCCUCUCGCAUCAGACAGAAUGCGCGGCCAAGAACGGACGAUCUGUAGUGGAGCACCAUCCGUCCUCUUACUGGGAGCAACCCUUUAGUCAGCCUUACUUCGACAACACGACAAAGAGGGAGACCACAACCACCGUCGGGCAAUCCGCUUACCUGCACUGCAGGGUGCGCAAUCUUGGCGAUCGUGCGGUCUCGUGGAUCAGGCAGCGGGAUUUGCAUAUCCUCACUGUCGGCAUCCUAACGUACACAAACGACCAGCGUUUCCAAUCGUUGCACAGCGAUGGUAGCGACGAGUGGACCCUGAAAAUCAGCUCGCCGCAAGUGCGAGACAGCGGAAUCUACGAGUGUCAGGUCUCGACAGAGCCCAAAAUUAGUCAAGCUUUCAACUUGAGCGUAGUAGUCUCGAAGGCAAAGAUCAACGGCAAUUCGGAGCUCUACAUCAAAAGCGGGAGCGACAUCAAUCUGACCUGCAUCGUGCUGCAAACGCCGGAACCGCCAUCCUUCAUCUAUUGGUACAAAGGCGACAACGUGAUAAACUACAGCCAACGCGGGGGCAUUAGCGUCGUGACGGAGAAGCAAACGCGGACGUCGCGUCUUCUGAUCAGCAGAGCGCUGCCGGCCGAUUCCGGCAAUUACACCUGUGCACCAUCCACAGCCGAGUCAGCCAGCGUCCUCGUCCACGUGCUCAAUGGGGAGCAUCCGGCGGCUAUGCAGCACGGCAACUCCAGCAACAGCGGCGCGGCCACGAGGACGCUCGCGUUGCUCCUGUUGCUCCUGCACGCCGGCUCCUUCGCAAGGUGACUGGUCGAUCACGAGGCGCUGCAGUAAAAGAGUAACGGCCGAUAGUUUCACCCAAGCGGGAUCGGGGCAACGACGAGGGUGGCGCGAGGGUUGAGAGACCAGGGAUGAAGGAGUGGGCGCCGGCCGCACCAUCCGCGCUAACCAUCACCUGCCAGACUCUAUAAAUCAGCUCGAUCUUCUUUCCGCGGUGCGAUCGGCUCGUCGGGGUGGAAAAGUGCGCGGGGGGACGGGAGGAAGGACGAUGAGCGGCACCGUGAGCAGCAACCGCGCGUAAGGGAGCUUCGCUCUCGCGUUUCCUCAGACCAACCUCGUGUCCCGCCGUCUCGCCAGGGUGAGACGAGAGACUCACGCGCGGCAACAAUUGCGAACGACGGGGCGCGCAUUCGAGGCGACGAGUUAAUUCGGGGGGACGUGUAAGCUAGACGCGGCGUGCGGACUCUCCUCGAGGGCGAGCGACAUUCCGAAGGACGAACGAAUCGUUCUAGCGCGUCCCAACGAGGACGAGUGAUCUCUCUUAUAUGCGAGCACGCUCGCGACAGCGGAAUUAGCGUAUCUUUUCCCCGUGGAGAUCUAUUGGCGAACGCAGCUGACUGUCGCGGAGGCAAGAACCAGUGUGUUUUCGUGUCCGGUCCGGGCUGACCGGCGAAACUACCCCGCGGAAGUCCGCUCGGUUUCUGGUCGCCGGGUGCGGUAUCGCUUCUUCCCCGAAGAGAACAAAUAUCUUGAGGUUCGUCGUACUUAUCAUCGCUCGCGCAAACUUCCGAGAUGUGUGUGUACACAUUUAUACGUACCGCGUCGUGCGGAUAUAUCUCGUAAGCCACGGAUGUGCACUCGGACCUGCCUGAAACUUUACGUCACUUUCCGAAUGCAAUUUUCUUUCAAUCGCGAACACGUAUAUGGUACAUGUAUAUUGCAAUCUCAUAUUUUAUACUGAAAUAUUAUUUUUUGCUAUUAGAGCAUCGAGAUGCCGAAUUAAAAAUACGUAUUUUAAACUCGAUCCAUCUCAAAGUUGCAAAGCGGUCAUUCUGUAUCGUUGCCAGAACGUGUAAAAGUUCGUGUAAGGUUUAUUUUUACCUCGGCGAAGGAUACUACGGCGAGAAAAAUCAAUUGCGCGGGCGAGAACGAUGUUACAAGUCUGUUAUUGUAAAUUGUGCACGACUCUCUCGGGCAAGACCUCAACUUUUCUCGCCGCGGGGGUCUUCGCGCUCGCCUCCAAUUGACCCGCGAGCAAAAGUUUCGCGCCGAAUAAAUAUUUCCCUCAAACGUGCCCGCCGUCUAACGCUAACGGAAUCGGCUAUGACAAUAAUCGAUUUUCGCCUUUCGCGAGAGACGAAAAAGCCACUCAAGUAUCUCUGAAUUAUGCGGCCCGGGCCACGCGGAAUUCGUAGCCGGGCGAGGGUGGAGACGCCCGCAGUUUCGCCCGGCGUUCCAUUUGCAUCUCAGGACGCCGAAUUUACGAGCCCGAGGGUCGUCGAUCCUCGACUACGGGCCACGAGACCGUCGCGUAUCCGUGUGCGUGUAUGAUAGACCCGAUAAGUUAUAACUAAGCUCGACGUGCCGUCGUUGGGCGAGAGGGAAAUAUCGAUCGCGUGGUCGAUUGAGCUGAUACAUUUUCUCGCCAUUAUGCUGAAGCGGCGCGUCCGACUCGCGAAUUUAAUUCACGAUAUUAAUUUCACGUAAAUAUUUUGCACAGCAGCUAAAUCAAAGCUGCCCCCAGUCCUAAAUUCAGUUUUAAUCUCGUGCAGACCCAUUCGCGUACUAAUGUCCCCUUUUCUUCCCAUUAAUGGUAUCGUCGCAGGGUUGAUCGUUUAAUCUGUCGCACAUCCCGCGUUCACGAGUCGAUGAUCAAAUCGAUAUCGAUCAUGAUUUUCCGGACCAUUUCGUUUCAUGACGACUAGGUUCUUCUUUGUCGACGUAUAUUUAACAUCUAUAGAUGUACACAUAUCAAUUUCAUGUAUAGAAGAUAUCGCAUCAGUGUCGACCAAUUGAUGAUUUAGUUGAUAUACGGUAGAUAUUAUAUUCAAGUCGAGUCGAUGAAUGGAGAUAUUGUGUGCGUUCCGGCGAGACGCUGUUACCGUAGCGCUACAGCUGUUCUGCUACAAUUGUAGCGGCGCCAUACUUACAUUAGCGUGCAUAACCUCAAAAUUGUAUUUUAGUUGUAAGAGUCGCGUUUACCAAUUAAUUGAAACGAAUAGAAUGGAAAAUAUUGAAGAUUGGCUCAUGAAUGACAUAUUGUUCGAUGAUUCAUGAGAUGAAAGCCACAAUGAAGAGGAAGAAGUUCCGCUACAGUUGCAGUGGAAAGUUUUGCCGCUCGUGUAGCGCUACCGUAGCGCUAUAGUAGCACUAUACCCAUACAGCGCAGAAAGUUAAAAUAAUAUUGCUGAAACGUUGCAAUGUUGAAUGUUGAAGUAUAAA